CCCUGCUUCAGGGGAAAAUAACUUGGCGACUGGGGAGAAGGAAGCCCAGAGGCAGGCAGCCGUCUUCAACCUCAGCUCGAAUCCAAUCCGCCGCGGGAGUUGGAGUUCCCUCUCGACCCAGCCGGCAGGGUAGUACUAGUACCAAUCUCCGAGCCGGUGGCGGGGGAGGCGGCCAUGGAUGCCGGCGAUGGGAACGAGGCCGGGAGCCGCGCGACUGCUCCGGAGAUGGGAGUCAUCAUCGGGGUCGGGGAGGACGAGAUCCGCGGGGAACCGGGAGGGCUUGUGCGCAGGGCCGACGGCGGGCCCGCGGAGUCCGCUCAUCAGCCCGCAGGCGAAAUGAGCCCACAAGCUCCCGGGCGGGCCAAAAGUGCUAGGGUUGAUUGUCCUCCCCGGGACCACACAUCAUGUCCUAACAGAAUUGGGGCCGUCGAGAAAUCCAUCAAAGCUUAUGUAGAGAACAGAGGAGAUCAUGUUAUCAACCCAGCGUUGGGUACAACUUUUGAUUCUCUUGGCGAGGCAUAUUACUUCUACAAUCUGUAUUCGUGGGAACAUGGAUUUGGCAUCAAGUACGGCAAGAGUCGGCUUAGUGCAAAGAGGACCAAGACCAUGCAGGAAAUUGUUUGUGGGCGUUCGGGGGAACCAGGUGCCGAAAACACAAGUUCUUGCCGGUGUGGAUGUCCUGCGAUGAUCCGUUUGCUGCGUACAGAUAACAACGGCUGGUACAUCAAAGAGCACAGGAUGACACACAACCACUCUUUGACUCCAAGGUGCGGACAGAAGGUACUCUGGCCAUCCCACAAACAUAUAGAUCUGUACACAAAGGACUUGAUACGUCAGCUGAGGGAGGACAACACGAACAUCGGCAAAGUCAAUGGCAUUAUAGGAAGUUUCUCUGGAACCAUGGAGAAUGUGUCAUCUACUAAUUGUAUGUUUAGGAACCUGUGUAGUCAAAUUGGCAUAGAUCAAGCAGAUGAUGAAGUUAGGAAGACAAUUGAAGUCUUCGCGGACAUAGGAGCAAAGAAUCCGGACUUCAUGUUCGGGGUACAAGAAGAUGCCGAGAAUUGGAUAAAGAACCUCAUGUGGACCAACAGGGGGAGCCAAAUGCAGUACAAGUACUUCGGAGAUGUUAUCACGUUCGACACCACUUACAGGACUAACUUGUACGACAUGCCAUUUGGACUAUUCAUUGGCGUGAAUGAGCACUUUCAGAGCAUCAUCUUGGCUGGAGUGUUGGUUAGAGACGAGCAGGUAGAGAGCUUCGAAUGGGUUUUCUCUGAAUUCAUAAGAAUGAUGGGUGGUGAAGCACCAAAGACAAUUCUGACAGAUCAGAAUCAAGCGAUGGAGGUGGCCAUAAAGAAUGUGAUGCCAAACACAGCCCACCAAUGGUGCAAAUGGCACAUCUUGAAGAAAGCAGAAGAGUGCCUUGGACCACUAUACAGAAAACGGAAUGGGUUCCGAGCAGAGUUCCAUAAGGUCUUCAACAACGUAGUGACAAUAGAUGAGUUUGAGACAGCAUGGGCGGUGUUGAUCGACAAGUACAACUUAAGGUCACAUCCGUACAUGGCACAACUUUACGAAACCAGGAAGAAAUGGGCAAAGCCAUAUUUCAAGGGGGUGUUUUGUGCCAAGAUGACGAGUACUCAAAGGAGCGAGACUGCCAACAGUAUGCUGAAGAAAUAUGUACAACCUGCAUGUCCGAUGCAUAUGUUCGUGAAGCAAUACAUGCGCUUGCAGUUUGACCGGGACGCAGAUGAAGCCUAUGAAGAGAAACGGACCCUGAUUGGUGGCGUCGUGCUGAGGCGUAACUUACCUAUGGAAUGACAUGCUAGCAAGAUAUAUACUCAUGCGAUGUUCAAACAGUUCGGCCAAAUCCUUUAUCAAGCAGGAUCUUACCGUCUGGAGGUGAUCGAGAAGAACAAGGUGUACAGGACAACGCUCAUUGAAGGAGAGGGAGGGGAAAAAUGUAUCAGGGUAGCCUAUGAGGUUAAGAUGAUAGAUAAUGGAGCUGAAUUUGACUGCGAAUGUGGUCAAUUUGAGCACAUGGGUUUGCUAUGCUGCCAUGUGCUGAGGGUUAGAAGAACAACUUUUAUCAUAAAUAUUCAUUUCCUGCAUCAUCUUUUCAGAAUCUGUGGAAGGUAUUCUUCAUAAACAUGUGUACCGUCCGGCAAUGCAGGUGAUGGAUUAUUUAUACAUCCUGGAGAUACCCAAGAAGCACAUAGUGAAGAGGUGGACAAGAAACGCGCGAGAUGUCCUGCCUAUGGCAGCAAGCCAAGGAGCUGCUAGUGCAGAGGCCUAUGAUGGGUCGAUGGGGUUAUUCAAGGAAAAUGUGCCACCAUACGGAGAAGCAAGAGAUGGCCCAGGGCUUAAGGAUCGACCAACCUCAAGAAGGCUAACGGCGAAUGAAAGACCAGGUGAUUGCUCUGGACAGAACAAUGAUACAAUCUUGACAUCACAAGACCAACUAGUCAGAUUAGCUACUCCUUGUAAGAAACCUAAACCCGGAAGGCCAACAGCAUUACAGCAAGUACCAAGCAGGGAGGAAGCACCGUAUGAGAUGAGCAAAGGAACUUGCCCGGAGAGAGGUGACUUGCCAAAGCAGGGGAGGUAUACUAAUUGUGGUGUUGCUGGACACCUCAGGACCACUUGCUCUGAGCCCUCCCGGCUACAAAAUUAGUGGUGGUUUGUAGCUUGAGUAUAUGUCGGUUAGAGUUGACUUUAGAAUCUCUUUUGUGAAACGGUUGCUGGAGUUAACAGGUGAUAAUUGAAUCAGUGCAGGUGCUGAUUUAUUGGCAUUUAGAUGCUGUACCUGGCAAACUAAUAUUAGGGGCUGCUGAAAUGAGUGCAAAAUUUAUGUGGCCUAUGCGGUACUACUAGCAAAACAUGAUACUUGCUGAUUUAGAUAUGAGGAUGAGAAAUUGAUUGCCUUCUGGUGAUUCUGUAGGUAAAGGGGAAAAAAUGGUCCAACCCAUUA